CGAAGACAAACACCACAUCAAACCCCGGGCCCGAUGCAGCAGCUCAGGAGCCCUGGACCCCCUAUGGUCUUUCGGAGCAAGCUUACAAGCAAUGCACGAAGUACUGUUACUGCCUGUGGUGCAACAGCGACUGCCACGAGACAGCGGGCUGCCCUACCAAGGGGAAGGGCAAGCAGGGAAACUGAGCGCCGUCGAGAGUUUGUCGACGACACUCUCGACGCCUUCGGAACGGGUUUCUUCGCGAGUGACCGGCCUUCAUUCUGGGGCGCAUGCGGAAGUCGACAGUCCUCUUCUCUAUUCUUUUAAGAACUAUGCUGCCCGGCUGGUUCCGGCGUUGGGAUCUUUUGCUCAAGGACAAGACGUGUGUGCGGCAUCUUCUCCGUCCGGCAACGGUUCUUCUUCGUCUUCAAGUGGUUCUUCAAGGGAUUCGGCGCGUGGGUUCAACAUAGAGGAAUUGGACCCGCUCAAGUCUGGGGAUUUCGCAUGGCUUCCUCUCCCGACCACGGACCGCUUACCGGGACCGCAAUGCGCAGCACUCUGUGCCCAUCUUCACAAGUACGUGUCCUUCUAUGCACCACCAACUUCGCCGACGGAUGACGAGGUCGCGGUGGGGGACAUCUUUGCAUAUGUUACCAAGGUGGCCCGCAAGUUUCGCACGCAGCAGUACGACGACAAUAAUGCACCGCUGGUGUAUGUCCGCAUCCACGUUGGGCAGGCAUCCUGCAGCGCUUUGCUGGAUAGCGGCGCGACUCGCAACUUCAUGAGUCAAGCUUUUAUGCAAAGGGCUGGCCUCGGCGCGCAGGUUCAGAGGAAGGCAAACCUGACGGCGAUCAAGUUGGCGGAUGGAAAGACGCAGCAACUUUUCGACCGUUACAUCGAGGCCGUACCGGUGUACUUCGCACCUCAUGCAUGCGAACCAGUCACGUUCGACAUCUUGGACACGAACUUCGAUAUCAUUCUAGGAAUGCCUUGGCUUGCAAGUGCAGAUCACACGGUCAACUUUCACCAGCGGACUCUCACCGUUCGCGACGCCUUCGGCGCCAAGGUGCUGUGUACUAUUCCUCUUCCGCACCCUUCGAUCCGGUGCCAAGUCGUGACGGCCAAAUCGUUCCGAAGUACAUGUGCAUAUGAGCAACCCGAAGAGAUAGGCCUAUGUUUCUUGCGGACUAGCGCGGUAGCCGACUCUUCACCAUCGGACUUGUCUUCGGACCCCCGCGUGGUACGGCUGCUUGAUGAGUUCGCCGACAUCUUCGAGUCACCUACCGGUGUGGUGCCGGAUCGGCCGAUCUCUCACGAGAUCAUUCUUGAGGCCGGUGCCGUGCCGCCGAAAGGCUGCAUCUAUCGGAUAAGCGAGGAGGAACUAGAGGUCCUUCGCGCACAACUCGACGACUUGUUGGCCAAGGGCUGGAUCCGCCCUAGCAGCUCCCCAUAUGGAGCACCAGUUCUCUUCGUAAGGAAGAAGAACAAGGAUCUACAUCUGUGCAUUGACUACCGCAAGCUCAACGCGCAAACUGUGAAAAAUGCGAGGCCUCUUCCUCGUAUCGACGAUCUUCUUGAGCGACUAAGCGCCAUGACCCACGAGUUUCGUGCUAUGUUGGAUCGGUUCGUGUUGGUCUACCUAGACGACAUUCUAAUCUACAGCCGGACUCUGGAGGACCAUCUUGAGCAUCUUCGACAUGUGUUGGAGAUGAUCCGCCAUGCCAAGUACCAAGCCAACCGCGACAAGUGCGAGUUUGUCCGGCAAGAGCUUGAGUACUUGGGCCAUUUUGUCACACCAGAGGGCAUCAGCCCGCUAUCGGAGAAAAUUCAAGCCAUCCAGGAGUGGCCGGAGCCGCGUAACGUCACGGACGCCCGUUCGUUUCUUGGUCUUGCCGGCUACUAUCAGCGCUUCAUCAAGGGUUAUUCGAAGAUCGCGGCCCACUUGACCAAGCUUCAAUGCGAGGAUCGGCCGUUUGACUUCGAUGAGGAUGCGCGGGAAUCUUUCUUGGCUCUCAAAGCUGCACUUUUGUCAGCGGAGGUCUUGCGAAUCUACGACCCGCUAUUGCCCACACGCGUCACUACUGAUGUGUCCGGCUAUGGUAUUGGCGCUGUCCUCGAGCAACACGAUGGCGUGGACUGGCACCCGGUCGAGUAUUUCAGCAAGAAGGUGCCCGCCGUGCACUCUAUUGAUGACGCGAGGAAGAAGGAAUUAUUAGCCUUCGUACACGCACUCAAGCGUUGGCGGCAUUUCCUUCUUGGUAGACGGCAAUUUCGAUGGGUAACGGACAACAAUCCGUUGGUCUUUUACAAGACGCAGGACACAGUCAACAACACCAUUGCCCGGUGGAUGGCCUUCAUUGACCAGUUUGACUUCUUCCUCGAUCACAUUCCGGGCAAGUCAAACCGUUUUGCGGAUGCUCUUUCACGACGUCCAGACCAUUGCACCGCCGUCUACUCGACUUUCAAGAUUGAUAACGACUUGCGGGACAAUUUUAUCCGCGGCUACCUGGCCGACCCCGAGUUUCGCGACAAGUACGCAAAUUGUUCCUCGCCCAAUCCGGCACCUUCUCACUAUCGGAUCCAGGAGGGAUAUUUGCUUGUCCACUCGCGGGGGAAGGAUCUUAUGUGCGUACCGAGUGACCCUCACUUGCGUACACGACUUCUUGGCGAGUUCCACGAUGCUCCCGCCACCGGACAUUUUGGCGUCAAUCGAACGAUUGGCCGACUUCGCGAGCGAUUUUGGUGGCCCGGUCUUCUCGAUGACGUCACACGCUACUGCGAGUCAUGCGAGAUUUGCCGACGUUGCAAAUCCCGCAAUCAUCGUCCGUAUGGCGAGUUGCGACCACUACCGGUUCCCUUGCGCCGACGGGAGGCGAUUGCCAUGGAUAUCACUGGGCCAUUCCCCAAGCACAAGACCGGUGUGGAUGGGAUUCUCAUGGUAGUCGAUCGACUCACCAAGUUUGCCAUGUUUUUGCCUUGUCGCUAUCAUGCCAAGGCACCAGAGUUGGCCGAGGUUCUCUACGCCGGUUGGAUUAAAACCAAGGGUUACCCUAAGGAAAUCGUCUGCGACCGCGACACUCGGUUCAUGUCUGAUUUUUUGUUGACCCUCACCAAACGAUGGGGCUCAUCUCUCAAGCCUAGUUCAGCUCGCCACCCUCGGACGGAUGGCCAGACGGAGAGGGCGCACCAGACGGCACAAGUUCUCCUUCGCACUCUUAUCCGUCCCGAUCAGAAGGAUUGGGUUGAGCGGCUGCCGGAUGUCGAAUUGGCCUACAAUUCGUCCAUCCACCCGGCUAUUGGGAUGUCGCCUUUCGAGUUUGAGCAUGGCUCUCCGGUCACUUCUCCGUUGGACACCAUCGUUCCACGCACGGCCGAGAGCGACGAACAUUUUCUUUUCUUGCGUCGGAUGCAAGAGCUUUUUGUCAAGGCACGCAAUCAGAUGGCAAAGACGCAGCAACGCAUGAGCCAGCAGGCCAAUCGCCAGCGUCUUCCUUGUCCAUUCCGCGGCGGCAACCUCGUGUGGGUUUCCGCCGCGGAAUUCAGCCUUGAGCAGGAUAUCUCUUGCAAGCUCCUCCCGAAAUGGAUGGGGCCAUGGCCGCUUGUAGCACCUGCUGGGGAUGCACCUUAGGGACCUUCCUUCACAGUUCAGGUGCCCGCCCACUUGCCCGUCUACCCGGUUUUCCAUUGC